UAAUGUAGUAUUAAAAGCUGCGCUUGAUCAAAAUCACAUAUUGGAGGAUACCAAACUGAUUGUUACAGAACAUACAAAACAUACAAAACAUACUUUAAAGUAAAACAAUAUUGUGAAUAAAGAUUGAGGAAACUUUCAAAAUGUGUCUUGAAGAAACGUUCAAUAAAGCUGCAAGUUAUUUACAAACAUUGGCAUCGGAAUUAAAUUCCAAUGAACUUCUUAGAUUCUAUGCAUUAUACAAACAAGCUACCGUUGGAUCUUGUAAUAUCCCAAAGCCUAAUUGGUAUCAAGUACAAGCUAGGCAAAAAUGGGAAGCAUGGAAGAAUCUUAACGAUAUGAGUCACAAUGUUGCUAUGAAUAAUUAUAUACAAGAAUUAACAAACAUAAAUCCUAACUGGGAAGAAGAUAUAAAAUCUGAAUCGCAUAGUUGGGUUGCUAUUAGUCGUUUAAUAAAUAUGGAAGAAGAGAUAAACGAUGUAGAUAAAACCUUUUUGGAUUGGAUAAAAGAAGGGCACGAACAAAAAGUGGAAGAACUGUUGGACAAGGAAACAAGACUUGUAAAUGUAACGGACGCAGACGGUUUAUUACCGAUACAUUGGGCUGCAGAUCGGGGUUACGUGAAGAUCAUAGAACUCUUAAUUAAAAAAGGGGCAAACGUAAAUUCGCAAGAUGGAGAUGGACAAACACCAUUGCAUUAUGCAGCAUCGUGCGGGCAUCUCGAUGUCGUGAAAUAUUUGCUUUCCGUUGGCGCUCUAUCCAUGGACGAUAAUAAUGGUAUGAAACCCAAAGAUGUUGCGGAUGUUAGUACAGUAACAUAUUUAAUCAGCAUGUAAUAAUACUAAAUUUAUUCGUGUACAUUAAUAAAUUGAAUUGAUGAUUUUUUAAACGAAAAUUAUGGUAUAUCUCUUACUAACUUAAUUGUUUUUCUAAAUUCUUUAUUUACAAAUAGAUUUUCUAACAGUUUUCAUUACAUUCACAGCCUAAGCACUCCUUAGGUAAAUGCGCAACUUGUCACAAAGUUUACUUAAACAAUUUUUACAUAUCAGUGUUGUUACUUAUUAUAAAAC